AUGCCUAGCAUCAAGUUACCUGGUGCGGUCUUAUUGAUAGGGGUGUGGUUGCAACCGUUGCCAGCUCUAUACGUUGCGCCUUUCGGUUCCGCCAAAGACCCGAUAUCUCCCAGUCACGUAUUCCAGACCGACGGCCGAGUUUGUGGGCUCACGGUAGCAAUCAAGAUAGUUGCGAUCAAGGACAAGAAGCAGCUGCCCUCCAUGAUCACCAAGGAGCCUUCGAAACCAGGUCAGGAACCUAAAGUGAAGGUGACGGUUGUAGACCCGCGCACUUUCUCCUCUAAAUGCACACUUUUGUCUCGGUGGGUUGGCUGGAGCGAUGUCGCUGGCAAAGUCGAUCUUCCGAGCAUUGCUAGGGCAGGUGUAAAGCAGGGGCCAUGGUGGCCAGCUGCCCUCGUGCACGGCAUCAGCGAGAUGGUCGGCGGCGGUGGCUCGGCACUCCAAUACAUCUAUGGCCGGCCAGUCGCUCUGAUCAAACGGGACGGUCGCGGUGAGGCUGAGUGGGAGGCAGAGCUGAAAGAGGCGUUCCUCCGUCCAAACUACGUGACACUCGUGAAGCUGAACGACAACAAGCUGUACGGGCUGUGGGGGUACUCGGCGAGCACGGUCGCACUCAUGGACGCGGACCAGGCUGUUGACGGCAAGUCAUCCACAACUCAGCGACGGACUCUCAGUCAGACAGCAAAGCUUGUAAUGGAGUAUGCUCAGACCAGCACACUCGGCUCCCAGGAGCAGGGACCGAGCCACGGCUCGAACCCAGCUCCGGCGAAGUGUGUCCCGGAGCCCCCUCCCGCGUCGAAACAAUCGAGCUCGUCCGGCUCCCAUAGCCAGAGUAGGACGAGAUCCUCAUCAUCUUCCUUGACUUCAGCGUCUGGCACGUCGAAGUCGACUGGCGCAUCAUCGGCAGACCUUAGCUCGGCCGCCUCUGCUUCAAGCUCGAAAGCCGUCACGGCAUCCUCCAAAGAACCGGCGCCGCACAGCGCAAAGGGCUCCUCUCCUUCCUCUACGGCUGUGCCGUCCAUAACACCCAGUAGCCACAAGUCAGGCCUCACUCCCUCAUCUGCUAAACCUGCCACACCGGCACAUACAGCCACCGACACGGGAAGACCAGGACCAGGAGCGGGCACCGGAGCUGGAGCCGGCCCCGGCGCGGCUGGCAUCGUUCCUCCUCCUCCUCCUCCCUGCGUUGGCCCUUCCUGUCCAAAAGCUCCCCAAAAUCAAGGCCACAAGAGUGACGCCACCAAGGUUACAGCCAAGCCCUUCUCUUCGGCCGCCGCGUCUGCUUCGCGGUCUACCAAGAUCAAAGACUUGCCGCCGCCACCUCUGACUUCCUCCUCGCAGUCGAUGUCCUCCUCGGCCUCCACCUCCAUGUCAAAGUCGCAGUCAUCCCACCAGUCCGGAGGCCAAGGGCUGUCCUCAGCUGUGCGGACGACAUCGUCCUCUGCCUCCACCCCCAAGUCCAAAAACCCGACGCCACCUUCUUCCCACUCUCGAGCGGCGUCAACAACUCACAUGCCGCCCCGGCCCACAGUAACGGUGGGGACGAAUAGCACUUCUGCAUCAAGCAAGUCGGGGGCGUCCACCAUUUCGUCCGCUUCCUAUUCCUCCUUCAAAGUCCAGGGCACAUGGCAGUCCGUCAAAGCCGGUUCUAGCUCUACCUCGACAUCCCAUUCAAGGUCUGCAAGGUCCACAUCGCAGCACUCUGUUGACGAGACACGUCCUUCAUCGGCGUCGAAGUCCUCUGGAGCCUCAACGACUUCUUCUUUGCGCUCCUCCGGUACCCGAGUUUCCGCCAAAGCGUUAGCCACGCCGACCUCCAGCACUUCAGCGAAGCAUACACCGCCGCCUUCGCGACAGCGAUCUUCAGCCACGCCUUUAGCGGAGCCCUCAGGUACCUGGAUAUCCAUGUUUGUACCUGCCAAACCUACCAACUAA